AUGGAGUUGGAGCAGUCCGGGCCGUUCAACCCCGCGAUGACCUUCGACGAGGUCUCCAUGGAGCGUAGCAAGAGCUUCGUCAAGGCCUUACAGGAACUCAAGAACUUAAGGCCUCAGCUUUAUUCUGCUGCAGAAUAUUGUGAAAAGUCUUAUCUUCAUAGUGAGCAGAAGCAAAUGGUACUGGAUAACCUGAAAGAUUAUGCUGUGCGGGCCCUUGUUAAUGCUGUCGAUCACCUUGGCACUGUGGCUUACAAAUUAACUGACCUUCUUGACCAGCAAACCUUAGAUGUCUCAACCAUGGAUCUGAAAGUUACUUGCCUAAAUCAGAAACUUCUUACUUGCAAAACAUACAUGGAUAAAGAAGGGUCGAGGCAACAGCAGCUGUUGUCAUUUAUUCCGAGACACCACAAGCACUACAUUUUACCAAAUUCUGUCAAUAAGAAGGUACAUUUUAGUCCACAUGUACAGACUGAUACUAGACAGCAUCCUUAUCAAGCAAGAGUGCAUGUUCAAUCUUCAAGUGCUGCUGCAUCAAAAACUCUUUCCUGGCAUUUAGCUUCAGAAACGAAAUCAACCUUGAAGGGGACUCCACAGGCUAUGACUAGCACUGGAGACACAAAAAUUUCUGCUAACACUUCUGGAGUUUUCCAUCUUUUAGACAAUGAAGGGAGUAAUCCUACAAAAUCCUCGGCAACUCACCUUCAGCUACCAAGUGGAGUUCCUGCUUGUGGUGGGGCCAUGCAAACAUUGAGUGCUGGACACAGGGAAGCAGUGGAUGGUCAGAGACCAAUGACGACAUUCAGGUCAUUUGAUAACCCAAACCGGCGUGAGAUUGUGCGUGUCCCUGUUCGCAGCAAAAGUGUGCUAUCAGCUUUCUUUGCCAAACAGAAAACCAUGAAGCUGAAGACUGGGUCUGUCUCGUGA